AUGUACAUGGAAGCAGAUCACGAGUAUCAGGUCCAAAUCGACUGUCUAUCACAUGACAGACAGCUUGAUCCUCUUCUUGCACCACUCAUGGAACCCAUGGAAGACAAAUUUCAGGGCUUUCGGUUCGGAUACGACGAAUGUGACGCGACCGACCUACCCACUGAGGCCGGGAAUUUGGCAGAAGAAUGUGAAGCUGCCAUCGUGGUGGUUGGACGAGACAAGGAGUGGGAGACUGAAGGACAGGAUAUCCCUACAUUCGAGCUACCUGGCGACCAGGUGCGAUUGAUCCAUCAAGUCGCGGCCAAGUGCGAGCGGACUAUUGUCAUUGUACAGGCGGGUACACCCGUUCGAAUGGAACCCUGGGUUGAUGAGGUACAAGCAGUGCUCUAUACAUGGUAUCAAGGCCAAGAGCUUGGCAACGCGGCGGCGCAGGUAAUCAGUGCAUACUCCUCGUUUCCUGGCGAGCAGAACGAAACAUACUACUCCGAAGGUCUCUUCGUCGGCUACCGAUGGUGGGAUCUCACUGGAGUCACGCCACAGUACCCAAUCGGCUUCGGCUUGUCGUAUAACAGCUUCUCCAUGCACGCGGGCGCCAUUAGCUCCAACGUACUUACCAGGGACUGUCCUCUGGUUUCGAAUGUGCUAGUGAAGAAUACGGGUGGUUUUGAUGUUUCUGGAAGAGAGACAGUCAUACUAUGGAGCAGAAAAACCUCGACCAGGCGAUUGGUAAUGCCCGAGAAGCAGAUUUGCGGUUUUGCUAAAUCUUCCCACCUGAAGACUGGCGAGGAGCAGCUUUUACAGGUUGAGAUUGAUGCGUAUUCCUUGGGUGUCUUUGAUCCAAUCAAGAAGGGCUGGGUGAUUGAUGCUGGGUCCGAGUUUGACAUCUUGGUUGGGAAAGACGCACUGUCGUCAAAGGUUGCCUGGCAGAUUGAGGUCCCACAGAAAAUCAACUGGAUACACACUCUCAGCGAAUAG